UUUUCAGAGAAUCCCUGAGUUUUCUAGGAUGAGAGAGACGACUGAGGGAAAUUAGAAAUGGCCACCCGUCGUCAAAAAGAGCUUCUGCAGCUGCUCACCUGUGCUGCUCUUUUUCUUUGUGUGCGAUCACAGUGCCAACAAGGCUGGAGAGAGUAUGAGAACAAAUGCUACUAUUUUUCUACUGACGCCAAAUCCUGGCUGGACGCCAACGCAUUCUGCCUGCAGCACCACAGCAACCUGAUGAGCAUUCAGGACCUUCAGGAGAGGCUGUGGGUGAGAACACAAAUCAGCACUGAGAUCUACUGGAUCGGUCUGAAUGAUCGGGUCACAGAGGGCACGUGGGAGUGGACAGACGGGAGUCCUUUCAUAGAAUACCUCUCGUUCUGGAUGUCGGGUCAACCGGACAACUGGCAGGACGAAGACUGUGGUCAGGUUGUGGGAAGCAGCUAUGGACACUGGAACGAUGAGGACUGCAGCGUGCAGAGGAAGUUCAUCUGCAAGCAUCUCAACCCCAACCCUGGCCCACAGUGUGAUGCCACGUCAGGAUGGCGCCAGUAUGGAUCCAACUGCUUCAAGCUGAAUUCGGACACCAGGAAGAGCUGGGUGGCGGCCAGACACGACUGCGUGCAGGAUGGCGGCGACUUGGCCUCUGUGACCACGGCGGCAGAGGAGCAGUUCAUCACAUCCACUCUGGACUCGUCUCAUCUGGGCAUGUGGAUCGGUCUCUCCACCUUGAAAUGCAACAAGAUUUCCUGCCAUGUCGAGGUUGGCAACAGUCAGUUCGCCUGGUCUGAUGCUCGCCUGGACGACUACCGGAACUGGGCCAGCGGUGAACCCAUUGUAGACACACAGACUGGUUCCUGUGCUGCCAUAAUCAAAGACACAUCUGAUGAGUUUGGCAAGUGGAAGUCACACGCUUGCAGACACGAGCGUCCUUACAUGUGUAAACGUCCACUGAACACUAUCUGUCCUCCUGGCUGGCUGAGCUUUUCAGGAAGCUGCUACUGGAUGAUCAGCAACAUCAACAUGUUGACCACGUGGAAUGAGGCGCAGACCAAGUGCUCAGACAUUGGGGCCCACUUAUUGAUCAUCAACAGUCAAGAGGAACAGUUCUUCAUCAACGGGAAACUUCCUGACUAUCACCAGGUGGACAUUCCUGACAUCUGGAUCGGUUUAUCGGAUAAGGACCACGACGGGACGUUUAAGUGGGUGGAUAAGAGUGACGUCACCUUCUCUAACUAUGGCGCCGGUUGGCCCACCAACACCCCGAACCUCUGGGACUGUGGACAGAUCUACACCGGAAAUUACGAUGGCAAAUGGGAAACAACCAACUGCUUCAAGAGUCUGGGCUACAUCUGCGAGAUGACUGGAGGACAGAACCCAAAGCCCACUUCAGCUCCCGAAUUCAGCUGUGACCCUGGAUAUUUGUUGUUUGGGGACUUCUGCUACCACUUUGAGACAGAGGAUGUGAAAAACUGGCAAGACGCUGAGGCCCAGUGUGUUUCUCAGCAGGGUCACCUGGUCAGCUUCCACUCACAAGAGGAGCUUAGCUUCAUCACUGCCCACAUGCCCGGGGAGUCAUGGGUGGGCUUGAACGACAUCAGUGUUGAAGGCCAAUACGUCUUCAGCGAUGGCACUGCUGUGGAGAUCCUCCCGUGGGCCCCAGGGCAGCCGGACAACUGGCAGAACAACGAGGACUGUGUCAACCUUCGAGGGAUGAAUCACGCUCAGGCGGGAAAACUCAACGACGACUUCUGCUCAUCGACAAAAGACUACAUUUGCAAAAAAGCUAAAGGAUCCGGACCGCCUCCUCACCCUCCCACGUCAGGACCAGGAUGGAACGAAAAGUGUGGCGCUUGGGCGUCCGACCCGUUUAAUGACUACUGCUACCUGUUCAACUACCAGUCGAUGAGGACGUGGGCGGAAGCUCGAGCCGACUGUGUCAACCAGGGAGGAGACCUGCUCAGCAUCACUGAUCCUGUUGAACAGGCCUUCGUACAUGGGAUGAUCCAGCAGAGCCCUGUGGGCAUCUCCAUGUGGAUGGGCGGUCACGACUCCAUCACUGAAGGCGGCUGGGAGUGGACCGACGGAUCUCCGUUCAGAUACAUCCACUGGAACACAGGAAACCCUGAUGACUACUACGGUGAGGACUGUCUGUCCAUCCUCAUCAACAAUGGCUACUGGAACGACGACAACUGCGAGUACAAGAGAGGAUACAUCUGCAAGAGGAGAGGAAAAACUCCAGAGCCUCCUCCACCUCACGACGGAUUCAUGAAGGCGCUCGUGUGCCAGGACUCGUCCGCCGUCCUUCACUGUCCCCUGGAGAGCGUCAUCAACAUCCAGUCCGCUUUCUUUUGGCGUAUGCGCGACGACAUCUGUCCAAGCUUUGAUGGUUCACAUGGAAACUGCUCCGUGCCCGGUGUCCUGCCUCUGGUCAGGAAAGCCUGCGACAACCGUCCCUUCUGUUUUGUUUACGCUCACAUGGAACAAGACCCUUGCCCCAGAGUCUCCAAGUACAUGGAAGUAGUGUACAGCUGUGAGCAGAAGGUGUGUCUGCAUGGACUUGGCGUGGAGGAUCGGAACAUCUCGGACUCCCAGUUGUCGGCCUCCUCGUCCAGCAGGCAGCACCCUCCCAGCCAUGCUCGUCUGAAUGGAAACUCCUGCUGGAUUUCCUCUGGAUCUGCCACGUCCAGCUGGAUACAGGUCAACUUGGGCCAAAAGAGAAAAGUGACCGGAAUCGUGAUCCAGGGCUGCCCCCAGCUUGACAAUUGGGUCACCAAAUUCAAACUCAAGCACAGCAUUGACGGACUCACUUGGACUGACUACACCACCGAUGGGCCGUUCCUCCUGGGCUCCGUCGACAGAAGCACGGCCGAGACACAGCUCCUGGGCACGCCGGUGUCAGCUCAGUAUGUCCGCAUCUUCCCACUAGAGGUCAACGGUCAGGGCGGACUGCGCUUCGAUGUUUUGGGCUGCACGCCGGACUAUGCUGUCACAUGCGCCUCCAGGCCCAACUUCAACUUUGCCAAUGACCGGAUGAUGGUCCAUUGUCCAGCCCGGUGUGCCAGAUCCGACUACUCUGUGUUUGGAACGACGGUGUAUCGAGGCGACUCAAACAUCUGUGCUGCUGCCAUCCAUGCUGGAGUCAUUCUGAACGAGAACGGUGGGGACUGCACUCUGCUGAAACUGCCCGGACAGGACUUCUACACCGGCUCCACCAAGAACGGCAUAACGUCCAAACAAUAUGAUGGCUCCUACUCAGUGUCUUACUCGUUCACUGAUGGAGAGCUUAGGUGUUCUGGUCCGGACUGGUACGAGUUCGGCGAGUACUGUUACAAACCUUUUGAGGACAAAAAGACGUGGCAUGACGCUCAGAAAAGCUGCAGGGCUGUCGGGGCGGAGCUGGUGUCCAUCCGCUCGGCGACGGAGCAGAACUGGCUGGAGAGCUACUUAUACUUGGCCACCAGCGACGUCUGGACCGGUCUCAAUGACCUAGCCCAUUCAGGCAUGUUCAUCUGGUCCGACGAGCACAUAGUGACUUUCACCUACUGGGCUCCCGGAGAACCGAACAACCAUGACGGCUUUAAGGAGGACUGUGUGGAGAUGCUGCACCAGAGCGGCAGGUGGAACGACGUGUCCUGUACCGAGCUCAACACCUACAUAUGCAAGAUGCCCAGAGGUCACUACCCGCCUCCCUCAGUCAGACCCACCGUCUAUGGAUGUCCACUGGGCUGGGAUGCGUACGGUUACUCCUGCUACUGGAUGGAGGAGACAGCCCGCACUUGGUCACAGGCUGAAGAGUUCUGCAGACAGCAGGACGCUUUCCUGCUGCAUAUUGGAGACAUUUAUGAGCAGUCCCACUUCACGGUGGCGUUGACUGGAAAGACGGGAAUGUGGUGGAUCGGCUUGCGGACGAAAGGGAGCGGGGGAGGAGUGGACUACGUCUGGGUGGAUGGCUCUCCGCUCACCUUCACUCACUGGGACAGAAACCAGCCAGAUAAUGGGGAUGGAACUUGUGUCGCCAUGACGACGGGUGCGGUCGGAGGCUUCUGGGACGACAAGGAGUGCUCAGAAAAGUUUGCUUUCAUCUGUGAGAAACACCGACCUGACAUCAGCCCACCCACCAAGGCCCCGACUCCUCCUCCGUCGCAGGGCUGCGCUGACACCUGGACUGCCAAGCCACACUUCAGGAACUGCUACAAGCUAUUCCACAAAGUGGACUGGUCCAUGAAGAAGAGCUGGAGCGCCGCCCUGGAGGACUGCGUGGCCCGAGGAGCCAACCUAGUCAGCAUCCACAGCCAGGAGGAGGAGCAGUUUCUGUCAGAGUACACCAAAGGCAGCAGCAAGUGGAUCGGACUCCAGAGCAACGCCAUGGAAGGAGGUUACUCCUGGAGCGACGGCACCCCGGUGUCCCACACCAACUGGGAUCACGGCGAGCCCAACAACCACGAUGGCAGGGAACAGUGUGUGGAGAUGGUCAGCAGCACCAACGGGACGGUGUCCUGGUGGAACGACCUCAACUGUGACGCACACCAGGACUGGAUAUGUAUGAUCGCCAAAGGAAAGACCCCAGUUGUGCCUCCUGCACCCCCAUCUCCUAUUCCAGCUCCAGAGUGCGGCUCCAAUCCCGGCUGGAGGAAGUACAACAACAUCUGCUACUACUACAACGACACAGAGGAGGUGGACUUCCACACUGCCAUGGGCCGUUGCUACCAGGAGAAGGCUCUCCUCGUAUCCAUCCUGAAUCAGCACGAGCAAGCUUAUGUCAACAGCAUGGUGGGCACGGGUCAGAUCGCCUCCGCCUGGAUCGGUUUGAGAAUGUUUGGUAUCGCAGGAGGAGAGUACAAGUGGGUGGACCACUCACCAGUGACCUACACCCACUGGGCUGCCGGAGAACCCAACAACGCCAACGGGGAGGAGCAGUGUGUUCAGAUGAACAGACAUCAAGGUGCAUGGAACGAUGCUAACUGUGGCCGAGCCAUGGCCGGUUAUGUCUGCAAGAAGUACCAUGGAGACAGUCACAGCACGCCUCCACCCACACAGCCCUGGCUGGGCCACUGCCCUGCAGGCUGGCUGCGGUUCAACGACAAGUGCUUCCUGUUCAAAGGGAAGAAGGGCGACAUGAAGGCCAACUGGUCUCACGCCCGGGGCUGGUGCAGGGAGCAGGGAGGAGACCUGGCCGUCAUCGACAGCCAGUAUGAAAACGACUUUGUGUCCAGCUACCUGAGGGACUUGGAGCUGCCCACUUGGAUUGGCCUGUCUGACCUGUUAGUGGAGAACCAGUACGCCUGGAGUGACGGCGUCAGCCCAGUCCGGUUCACCAACUGGAAUGAGAAGGAGCCCAACAAUGCUGGAGGAGCGGAACACUGUGUGGCCUUGACCCACAACCAGCUGGUGACCGGACGGUGGAACGACGACGCCUGCCACAAGCCGCACAGCUUCGUCUGCUCCAGGAUCAAAUCAAGCACCGUGGAGCCCCCUCCUCCAACCAAGAGCCCGUGCCCAGGUGGCUACAUCUCCUGGUACAUGAACUGCUACAAGCUGGUGGAGGAGCCGGCCACCUGGGCUUCCGCCCGGGCCACCUGCGAGAAGCAAGGAGGCGACUUGGCCAGUAUCGACAUGAGCUACGACCAGGCCUUUGUGGCCGGAGCAGUUCUGCAGGGUGAGACCGACGCCUGGAUCGGACUCAGACGCAAGGAGGACGACUCCUACACGUGGUCUGAUGGCUGGCCUGUGUUCUUCACAAAUUGGGGUCCCGGGGAGCCCUCCAACAUCAAAGGCGAGGGCUGUGUGAGCAUGCAUGCUUCCAGGUUCCUUCACGGGACAUGGAAUGACACCGACUGUGACCAAGCCAAAGCUUUCGUCUGCAAGAUCUCCAAAGAAAACCCACCACCUACUCCUGCACCUGGAGACGGGAAGUGUCUUCCAUUCUGGAAACCUUACGGCCAAUACUGUUACUACGUGUACAACGAGGCCCAGGGCUUCUCCUGGCCGGACUCGCGUCACUACUGCAGGGAGGUCCAAGCAGAGUUGGCGUCUAUCCACAGCAGAGCUGAGCUGGAGUUCAUCCGGAAAUUAGACCACUCCAAGAAGCACCACCUCUGGAUCGGCCUCACUCGGGGCGAGAAUGGUGGCUGGACCUGGACUGACGGAACAGCAGUGGCUUUCCUAAACUGGGCCCCCAAUGAGCCCAACGCAGCCUUCCACCCUGGAGAGGCCAUGCAGGAGAAGUGCGUGGAGAUGAGUGGCGACGCUCUCUGGAACGACAACAAUUGUCUGGAGAAGAGAGGCUUUGUUUGCCGCCACCGCCAGUUCCACUCGACAGAUGAGGGAGGAAACCCGAUUUUUCCCACGGACGUGAUAAUACCGGACGAGGGCAGCCUGAUCGCCAUCGGAGUGAUAAUCGCAGUGGUCAGCAUCAGUUUGGUGGCAGGUUUACUUUAUUACAUCCUCAUUGUGAGAGGAUCCAAGAGCAGCAGUCCAGGUCUGCCAGCCAAGGCCGACUACCACAUUGAUAUAGCCGCCUUCUCCAACCCCAACUUCCCUGGAGAGUCAGACACAUGAAUCCAGAUUUGAACUUUUGUACAGUGUUGUCAUGACAAUCGAUUGCAGCGUUAUGAAUUCUGUAAAUAAAAA